AUGAAGUUCACUGAGGGCAUGUGGCUCCUGCGUGAGGGGAUUCGUAUAGACUGGAUGAGCAAUGUCGAGCGGUUGGAUAUUGAGAGGGAUGCAGUGAAUCUAUUGCUGAACAAGUUCCAGCGACACCGUGGAGAUACACUGAACUCUCCUACCAUCUCUGCACGCGUAACUUCUCCGCUGGAGGGUAUCAUUGGUGUCAAGAUUAUCCACUGGGCCGGCGGGCUAGACAAUGGACCGCAUUACGAACUGUCCACCACCGAAGGCCAUACCAGCAUAGUAUACGAAAAGGGUAAAAAUCUAAGCUACGCCAGUGGUCCUCUCAGUCUAGACAUCAACACAGCCCCCAACGAAAUGGGUUUCACCUUCUCUAGCGCAAAGGGAAAACUCACAGGCCACUCAUGGCGCUCGAUCGGAUACAUAGGCGACCAAACGACCCCGAAAUCCCGCUUCGAGGAUGGCAUUUUCUUUGAGCGUCAGGGUUACAUGCUUGCGGGUCUCGAUCUCGGCGUCGGUGAGAAACUCUAUGGGCUCGGCGAGCGAUUCGGCCCCUUCAUUAAGAACGGUCAGAGCGUGAAUAUCUGGAACGAAGACGGUGGCACUUCAUCAGAAUUGGCUUAUAAGAAUAUCCCGUUCUAUAUAAGCUCAAAUGGCUACGGUGUUUUUGUGAAUAAUCCCGGCAAAGUGAGCUUGGAACUGCAAUCCGAAAGGACCACCAGGGUCAAUCUCUCGAUUCCUGGUGAGGAAUUGGAAUAUUUCGUCAUUCAAGGAGACACGCCAAAGGAGAUUCUGGCCCGGUAUACGGCUUUAACUGGCCGUCCUAGCUUGGUUCCUGCUUGGAGUUAUAAUUUGUGGCUUACUACAAGCUUCACCACAAACUACGACGAGGAAACCGUGACUGGUUUCCUGGACGGCUUCAAAGACCGAGAUCUCCCACUGGGGGUGUUUCACUUCGAUUGCUUCUGGAUGAAGUCGUACCAAUGGUGUGAUUUUGAAUUCGACUCUGAAAUGUUCCCUGACGCAGCUGGGUACCUCCAACGCCUCAAAGAUCGAGGGCUUAAGCUUAGUAUCUGGAUCAAUCCGUACGUUGGGCAAGCCUCUCCUCUCUUCGAGAUCGGAAAGAAAAACGGGUACUUCAUCAAGAGGACCGAUGGCUCAGUCUGGCAAUGGGACCUCUGGCAAGCGGGCAUGGCCGUCGUCGACUUUACAAACCCGGAUGCCAGCGCCUGGUAUUGCGAGCACCUAACCCGGUUAAUGGAAAUGGGCAUCGACACGUUCAAAACUGACUUCGCCGAACGCAUCCCAUACAAAAACAUCAAGUACCACGAUAACUCAGACCCUGUCAAAAUGCAUAACUACUACGCCCUUCUCUACAACAAGAUAGUCUAUGAGACCAUGACAUCCGUCUCGGGUCCCUCGAACAGCCUCCUCUUCGCCCGCUCCACCUCCGUCGGUGGCCAGAAAUACCCCGUCCACUGGGGUGGCGACUGCGAGUCAACCUACGAAGCCAUGGCUGAGUCACUACGGGGCGGCCUCUCCCUCUCCCUAUGCGGAUAUAUCUUCUGGGCAUCAGAUAUAGGCGGGUUCGAGGGAACCCCACCGCCAGCAUUGUAUAAGCGCUGGGUCCAGUUCGGGCUCCUGUCCUCGCAUUCCCGGCUCCAUGGAAGCUCUUCGUUCCGAGUCCCUUGGAUCUACGGGGAGGAUUGCUCUGAUGUGCUCCGGGACUGCGUGAAGCGCAAAAUCACACUUACACCUUAUCUCCUCUCUGAGGCUUUAGAAGGGCAUCGAACCGGGACACCGUUGAUGCGUCCAAUGUUCGUUGAGUUUCCCGAGGAUUUGAAUACGUAUUCGCUGGAUACACAGUAUAUGUUUGGGAGCAAUUUGCUCGUUGCCCCUGUCUUUUCGGAUAAAGGGUCUGUGACUUUCUAUGUACCCAGGACGCCUCAGGAUGGUGAUGGGAGCUGGAUCUCUUGGUUUGAUCAUGAGAAAUCAUACGAGUCCGGGCGCUGGUAUACGGAAACCCAUGGGUUUGACACCUUGCCGAUACUUGUCCGGCCUGGCUCGGUAACACCGCUGAACCCGACGCUGGAACGGCCUGAUGGCCCUGCGCUCGAUGGGUUGGAGGUUUUGGUUAAUGGGGACUUUGGUGGCAAGGAGGUAAAUGUUGAGAUCGUUGAUCCGGACAAUACGCAGGAGGCGUUGAAUGUUCUGACGGUUAAGUGUGAUGAAGAGAGUGGUGAUGUUAUAGCUACCGUGGAUGAUGAUGAUGAGACAAGCAUCCAGGUGAAUUGGGUUGGGCACUAA